UUUUUUUCUCCCCGCUUCUCUUCAUUUUCGUUUCUUUUCUUCUCCUUUCUCAAAUUUUCUUUCUUGUUGCAGCAACAACCUGCCACCGUUCCUUCUCAUCACCAACAUUUUCUUCUUAUUUACUACUAUCCCAUUCUCUCAUUCACGUCCCUACAGCACCCUCACCACUUUCUUUUCAUCUCCUUCCCAUCACCAUUAAAACACCACCACCAACAUAUCUUCUUCUUCUUCUUGAUUUAUUUCUGCUGCACACACUCACCAUCACUUUCUCCUCUUCAUGGAAGCCGUGAGACCACCACCACCACCAAGCUGCUACUCCUUCUUCCUCUACUCCACGCAAGCACCACAACCACCGGGAGCAAGCCACCACCUCUAUUCUCUUCAACCUUUUCUCAUCUCAAUUUUGAGCUUUUGAGUUAGAGGUUUGGAUCGAGUUGAGCUAAGGAAGGAAGAUUCAGAACAAGCUGUGAAGUUUCAGGAUAGAGGAGAAUAACCCAAGUUUUAAAUUGUUGGCUAAAAUCAAAACUGGAAACCUUUCAGGUUUGUUGCCUUAAAAUAUACAUUUUAUGCUACACUUUUGUAGUGAGUUUGUGAUACAAUGACAAUCAUUCUCAACAAAUGACUUUCACAGCUUUGAUCUUGUGACUUUCAUUCUUAUAUGGUUCUUGCAUCAGGCCAAUAUUAUUUUGUUGGUAAUAUAGUGUAAUUAAAACAUGACUUGAUUUUUGAAACUUCAUUAAGAAUUUAACAUAGCACUCAUAAGAAUAAGAAGCCAGAAAGACACUGAAAAAAGUAUUAUUAUUUUGUUCAAUCAUGGCAAUUUAUAAGUGCCACAAAAGCAGUUAUCGCAUUUGCCUAAAGUGUCACAAAAAUGCAUCAACCAUUGUAUUCGCUCAAAUUUGUAUUUUGCCACAAAAUGCAAAUUAGGGACUCACAUUUUUCUGCAACUUUUAACUGCCACAGUCUAUCAAUUAUAAAACAAAACAUAUAUAUUGCAUAAAUUGCACUUUCAGUUUAUAAUACUUCACAUGCAAUAGUAACAAUGCAGAUGUUGGGCUAACUACAUUUCCUUUUUUUUUUUUGGUCAAUAACUACAUUUCCUUUGAAUUUACGAAAAUGUUAGGGAAUGGUUGGGCUAUGCAGCCCAACAGGUAACUUAGACUGGACUCUUUUUAGGUUACAAUAAUAAAUAUAAAGAGAAAACAAACAAAUAAUAUAUUUUCUAGUAGGAUUUGGUUUUGGCUGUUUGGCUAACAUCUAGGAUUCUAGGUAGUUAGUCCCAAAGUAUAAAAUAUAUUAUCAAAAAUCUGAAAAAUCGUUAAUUUCAUAAAAUCCCUUAAUUAGAAACCCAAAAACAUGUUUAUCAAAACAUAUUAGUUUCACUUUAGAAAUUCACUUCACUGAUGAUAGCGAAGGUAAAAUUCCACUAUCGCAGCUAUUUAAAUCAAGUUAGAACGUUCAAGAACACAAUUUUCUCGGUCAAUGUCGAAAAGUCAAAGUAAGAAGCUAUUUGUAUUGGUCCGGUAGGAAAGAUUUAACCUUCCUGGUCAGUUUGUCAUGUCAUCACUUCCGGGAGACAUACACUUCACCCGGAUAACACAAAUCAAGCACGCACAUGUCAAGAACAAAGUUAUGUCACAAUCAAAGCCGAAUUGAUAAAACAAAACAAGCAACUCUUGGCUUGAAAAAUAUCUUACGACAUUCUUUUCCACUAUAAUUAGUUAGUUAUAUAUAAAGAUAACGAAUAUGAUAUAUACACACCUCAUUUUCUAAACACUUUAUUUUUACCUAUUUUAUUUUUACCUCUCUUCUCUCAUCAUCUAUCAUAUCACAUACUUUCUCUCUCUUACUUUUUCUUUUCUUCUUAUCUCUCUCUUUGUUCCACCUCUUUCCACUUCUCUUAAUUCAGCUAUCUUGUGUUGAUAAGUUUAAAAUAGCAUGAGCACCACUUUGUUAUUAUCACACUAAAAAAAAAGGUUUAAACAAAAAAGAAAUUUGGAGUAAGUCAAGACAGCUCAAAUUAAAGAAAUAGAUUUUAAAUGUGCAAUAGCUAUCAGACGGCUAGCAACACCUGACUUCACUGAAAGCAGGGAACCAUGUCCACCAGAAAUACAUAAAAACAUGUGUGAACCUGCUGAUAAUGCGUUUUUAGUAGAGCAGUUUGAACCUGCUAAAAUAAAAGCAGCGGUUUGGGAGUGUGGGGGUGAUAAAAGCCCAGGAUCGGAUGGGUUUAACUUCAAAUUUAUUCAGAAUUUCUGGCAGCUGUUAGCGGAAGAUUUUACAAGGGUGGUAACGGAUUUCUGGCAGCGGGGAGCGUGGCCUAGAGGUAGCAACGCUUCAUUCAUUGCUUUAAUUCCGAAAGUCGAUGCACCUCAGACUCUAAAUGAAUUUCGGCCCAUUUCAUUGAUUGGCUGUAUGUAUAAGGUAGUGUCAAAGCUGUUAUCAACCAGGUUGAAGGUGGUUCUAAAGAAUCUUAUCAGUGAGCAGCAGUUUGCUUUUUUAGGUGACCGGAAUAUGCUUGAUAGCGUCGUGGUUGUGAAUGAGACCAUUAAGGCAGCAAAGCGAGGUAGAAAGCCAACAGUCUUUUUUAAAGUUGAUUAUGAGAAAGCAUAUGAUUCUGUGAGGUGGGACUUUCUGAUUUAUAUGAUGGGGCGUAUGGGCUUUUGUCAGAAGUGGAUUCACUAGAUUAAAAGUUGCUUGGAGUCGGCUACUGUUUCUGUUCUGGUGAAUGGUAGUCCAUGUGGUGAGUUUAAAAUGGGAAAGGGUCUUCGUCAAGGUGAUCCUUUAGCACCAUUUCUUUUCUUAAUUGUUGCAGAAGGACUUAAUAGGCUGUUCUUCCAAGCAGUACAUGGGGGCAAGUUUGUGGGUUACAACUUUGGCAGGGGAAGUGGAGUGGAGAUUUCUUUAUUGCAGUUUGCUGAUGAUAUUGUUUUUGUUGGGGAGGCAACUAUGCAGAAUAUUGUUUCUAUUAAGUGUGUGCUCAGAUGCUUUGAGUUAGCCUCAGGGCUCAAAGUUAUUUUUCAUAAAAGCAAAUUGGCAGGUGUGGCAGUGGAUGCGGACAAUUUAGACAGGUUUGCGGCUGUGCUAAAUUGUAAUUUGAUGAAUGUUCCUUUUGUUUAUUUGGGGAUCCCAGUUGGGGGGAGGCCUCGAGAAGCUCAACUAUGGGAUCCAGUUAUAAAAAAGAUUCGCAGUAAGCUGUCCAAGUGGAAACAGAAGACAGUGUCUUUUGGGGGCAGAAUUUGUCUAAUUCAAAGUGUGCUUUCCGCUCUUCCGUUAUUUUAUUACUCUUUUUUCAAGCUGCCUGUUGGUGUAGGGAAACUUUGCAUAAGCUUGAUGCGUGACUUCCUAUGGGGAGGGUCAGAGGAUGAUCAUAAAAUUGCGUGGGUGUGUUGGGGGAUGUCUGCAAGCCAAAGGAGCAUGGAGGACUUGGCAUUAAGGAAUUGUUUUCAUUUAAUAGGGCUUUGCUUGGAAAGUGGAGGUGGCGGUAUUUGAACGAACCUGAGAACUUGUGGUGUAAAGUGAUUAAGGCCCAGUCAGAUCAGUAUCAUUGUGCUUCAUCUUGGUGGCGGGAUGUAAUGUCAGUUUGUACUGUUAAUAGCUCCGACUGGUUCAGUGAGAGCUUGGGUAAGGUGCUGGGUGAUGGGGGUCAAACUAUGUUCUGGUCGGAAAAUUGGUUGGGGUCGGGGACGCUAGCAGGAAGGUUCCAUCGACUAUAUAAUUUAUCUUGGAACAAAUACAGCACUGUAAAGGAGGUGGGUGUUUGGGAGGGGGGUGUGUGUCAGUGGCAGUUGUCUUGGAGAAGGGCUUUGCAAGGGAGAGAGGUGGGGUGGUAUCAUGAUUUAAAAACAGUAUUGAGUGGGGGAUGUCUGGUAGAAGGGAGGACAGAUAAAUGGGUGUGGGUGCCGGGGGAGGAAGGAAUCUAUACAGUUAACUCAGCUUAUCUUGUUUUGCAGGUACCUGGCUUGGAGGAGGUCAAUCACGUGUUUGACUCCAUUUGGGCUGCUCCCAUUCCAUCAAAUGUGAGGGCCUUUGUUUGGCGUUUACUUUUGGAUCGAAUUCAAACGCGAGACAAUCUAUUUCGCAGGCGUGUCAUUUUGAAUUCGGAGGAUGUGGGCUGUCCGUUAUGUCUCUCGGUGGCAGAAAGUAGUGUUCACUUGCUACUGUCUUGUCAGCUGGCUUCCGGACUUUGGCAGCGGGUUCUUGGCUGGUUGGGGGUGUCGUUGGCUUUCCCAAAUUCAGUGCCUUCUCAUUUUUCUCAGUUUUCGCUUGUGGGGCGCUCCAUUAUCCAGCGGCGGGCAGAGAUGGCCAUUUGGUGUGCAACUGUUUGGACCAUUUGGCUGAAGCGGAAUGAGGUUGUUUUCCGGAAUGGGGCUUUGGACGACAGUAAUUUACUAGACUUGGUGCAGUAUCGCUCUUGGUUUUGGCUAAAACACAGGUGUGGGGAUUUCUGUUACUCAAUAUAUGAAUGGAAAUCAAAUCCUCUGGUAUGUGUUUCCUCGGUGUAGGCUAAGUGCUUCGUGGGUAUUCAUGUUGGGGCCAUCUCUGACAUGUUGCUGUGACUUACUUAAUGGGCACUUCUUUGAGGAACUUUUGUUCUUGAUGGAUAGGUACUAGAAGUUGGUUUGUGUUUGUAACAUGGUUCUUGGUUUUUGUUUUGUGGGUUGCUCGUUGUUGGGGGAUGUAUGGGGGGUCUUUGAUUAUUUGAUGGGUUAUUUGGCAUGUUUUCCUUACUGUAUGGUGCCUCUGUUGGUAGCAGAUUGGGUUUUGCCUUGCUGAUUUUUUUUUUUCUUUCUUUGUCCCUCCUUUGUUGUAUUAUGGGAUUGAGUACCCCUUGUACUCAUAUUAAUAUAAUUCUUUGCUUAUAAAAAAAAAACAUAAAA